GGAAUGCUCGAAGCCAUUCGCUUUUCUGAUAUGAAAUUUAAAGAUAAAUUGUUCGGCUACUAUCCAUUGCCAGUUCUCGCUCUUACAAAAGUUGAAGGAAAUAAGAUCCAAUUGAAAGGGAAAUUCAAGGAGAAAAUGAAUAGUAAUGAUAAUAUAACAUAUCGUCUAUAUAAAAGAUACAUCGAUUUCAAUACCGAUAGGAUUCUAAAGAUGCUUAUCAAUAUUGAUGAACGGUCAAGUUCUUUGUUUUUGGAUCUCUUAAAAGAUCCAAAUAAAUGGGGAUCUACUCUACCUGAAGAACACGAUGAUUCAAAGAAAUUAAAGUCUACCGCUUUGGCACUGAGAAAUGCAUUUUCUAUGUCACCAUCACAAAAAGACAUUUCAGAAAGUUUAUUGAAAAAAAGACUACAAAUUAUCUGGGGUCCACCGGGAUCUGGAAAAACUCACUUCCUCGCGUUGUUUGUCACAUGGUACCUGACUGAAGUAAAACCUCAGCCGGUAGGAAGUAAUAGAAAUUUUAAUAUUGGAAUUACGGCUUGUACCAGAACUGCCAUAGACAAUUUAUUGGAACGUAUUGCUAAAGUCAAAGAUGAAGCACAAGCAGAUUUUAUAUUGACUCGAAUGGUUAGCGAGUUAAAUAAAAAUUCACUUAAUGGUGUGAAGGAUUAUAAAGCUAUAAAACUGGCGGAUAAUAUUGCAAAUGAAAAAAAUUGUAUCACCAGUAAACCAAUAAUUAUCGGAGGCACAGUGUGGGACUGGCAUAAAUUUCAUGAUAAAUGUAAGAACUGGACAGGCUGUGAUAUUAUGAUUAUAGAUGAAGGAUCGCAGCUUCUAACUUCAGAUGCUUGUGCUGCCUUGGAAUGUUUGAACCCAAAUGGUGGAAGACUAAUUAUUGCUGGAGAUCAUAUGCAACUUGGACCCAUCAUUCAGAAUACAUAUCCUGUUUUUUCAGAUAAUCAUCCGCUUAUUCUAGGGUCAAUUCAACAAUGCUUGAUGAGAAAAGAGGAUGGCUCUACAUUUGAUGAAAGCGACUUUUUUCUAAAUAAAGGACAAAAACAUGAUUUUGGUCCAUGUACGCUUCAGCUUAAAGAUAAUUGGAGAAUGAAUGACAAAUUAAAUAGCUUUUUCCAAAAAAUAUAUGUAAAGUUGUCAUUAAAAAAUUAUGAAGUCCCGGGAAUACUUUCAGAAAUAAUUUUACGAGAAGAAGCCAAUCUUGUGGCUAAAAUAGUUUCAUCAUAUUUUGAUGCAACUCGUAAAAUAAACCAGUCAGAUAAACAACCAUCCCUGUUUAUUGUUACGCCACAUCAUCGUCAACGAUAUGCCAUCCGAUCUCGAGUUGAUAAAUAUUUAUCUAAUUCUGAAAUCGAUUUACAAAUAAAUACUGUAGAAAAAAUGCAAGGACAGGAGGCAGAUCUUGUUAUUGCAUGUUUUGGAUUUCUUGAUGUUAAUGAAAUUGCUCGAGAAUCUGAUUUCUUAUUCGAUCGAAAUCGUUGGAAUGUGGCCAUAAGCAGAGCAAGAUGUAAAGUCAUAUUGUUAACUACUGAUGAAAUAUUAUACCCAGAAGAUAUGGAGAUAUUCACAAAUAAAAAAACAUCUGAAGGGUGGUUGUAUAUUUCAAUGAUAGAAUCCUGGGUUCGAGAAAGAAUUAAAGAAAAGGAAUCAGAAAUAAUUGAAUGUGUAAUUGAUGAAAAUCUUGUGAUAGAAAAUGAUACUAAGAAUUAUCUUGUGGAUUUUCCUCUGGUCCUUUGGCAUUUAUUAUAUGUACUAGCAGAUGCAUAUAAAAAAUCUAAGCUUACUACAGAAUAUAGCUUUGAAGAAAAAUCAAUUUGCAAAAAUGCUUUUAAAACAAUUUAUAGUCUUGGAGAUACAAGAUGGAAAAAUUUAAGAGAUCAUUUUAUAGAACAUGAUAUAAAUUUACAUAUUAAUUCAAAAACUGAAAAAGUUGGAAAUUCAACAAUUUCUUUUAAAACUGUAAUGAAAGUAAUUACCUUUAUAGGAAAUUUUGCUAAACAAAAUAGUUUAUCAUCUCCAGAAGCAAUUAAUACUAAUGACCAAUUUGAAAUUAGUUUAAUAACAUUUAUUAGAAUUUGGAAAAAAUUUUUAUUAUAUAUCAAAAAAUUAACUCUACAUAGUAAUUUAUGUUUAAAAUAUAAAGAUAUGAGAUUUAAUGCAAAUUAUUGGUCAAUUGAAGAAAAAGAAACUAAAGUUUUAGAAUGGCAUAAAUAUAUUAAAUGGACACAAGAAGAACAAGAAAAUUAUAAGUAA